UUUCUUUGUGUACUCACUUUGUUAGAGACGCACCUGAAGUUUUUUGCUUUCAUUUAAGGUAUACUUUUAUUAGAAGUGAAAAAUGUAUUUUUAAUAACAAAACAUUGUGCUUUUUUUUAUAUUGUAACUAAGGAAGUUUUAAAGAACGAAACCAAAUUAGUGGUAUCGUUACGGAUGGAUUAAUAAUUUCGAAGGUGCUCUAAAACAACCUUCGAUAUCUGCCAGACUGUUUUGUGCAAACACACAGAUUCACACACAUACAAAUAUACGUAAAAGUAGUCCAUUCAACUUUGUCAAGAAAUUAAUUCAAAAGCAGUGCUGAAGGGAUAAUGGCUUCCGAAAUUGAAAUUGUAAAUCUUAACAACUUUGAGAAAAUACAGAAUUUUCUAAAUGACUCAGCGUACAAGGAAAUACUCGAAAAUAGUGAAAACUUUAAUACACGUUUGUGUAUCGAACGUCGUCUACGUAUGCCAUUUUUGGACCCACAAACUGGUGUUGCGCAGACACAUUGUGCUUUAUUCAUGAAACAACGUCAACGUAUGCCAGGUUUUCGCGAUGGCCAAAUAUACACCUAUCCAUCAGCACGUUGGCGCAAACCGAAACGCCAGUAUUUGCUUAAUCAUCACCAUAGCUACCGAGCCUACCAGUAUCGUGAACCUCAUUACCAUCAAUCCACUGGUAAUGCCUCGGUGCGCGAUCAUUAUCAAACUGAAAGUGCAGCAAUCGUCGCAGCAGAUGGCAAUUCCAUGAGUGCUUCGGGUGAUAAUGACAGCAAAGAUUCGCAUGCCAAUCCAGAAAAAGAUUGGUUCCAUGAGGACAUUGACAUGUCUCACUAUCACCAUGUCGAUGAUUUUGAGGAUGAAUUUGAAUCAGAUAAUGACUACGAUGAGUCGUACAGCAGCCGCGGUAAACGUAAGCGUGGUUCGCGCUCUUCACGCAAGAGUACAGCAACUGCUGAUGGCACACCAAAACGUGGACGUAAAGGUGGCGGCAGUCGCCGUCGUAACAAUGCAGAUGGUGAAGGUGGCGGUCGUCGACGUGGUGGCGCUAACAAUGCAAACAACAAUAAUGCCAAUACUGCAGCGGCAGCAGCUGCCGCGGCUGCUGCAGUGGCGGCGGCAGCUAGUGCUGUAGCUUCCAGUAUGGAGAUUAGCAAUUCGAAUUCAGCUUCACCAAUUGGUACGAAUGAUGAAACUUCACAAUCGGCAAUUGUUAUGCCAACUGUUGCACCGGUUGCAGGCACAACUUUCGACAAGACAUUAAGCGAAACUAAUGUAGUGGCUGCUGCCGCUGCUGUUACUAAUGAUGUCGCUGCACCUGUGCUACCCAGUACAAGUGCGGUUAGUGGUGUUACAAGUGUCGCCGCAGUGCCAACUGUCACACCGCCAGUGACAGCUGCUGCUAGCAUUGUUACGCCCGUUGUAACGGCUGGUGCCGUGAAGAAAGAUCUUAAAAAUAAAUUGCGCGCCGAUCGUGAGGUAGCAACGCCAUCAACUUAUUGCGAUUUCUGUUUGGGUGAUCAACGUGAAAAUAAAAAGACAAAUUUACCGGAAGAAUUAGUUUCCUGUUCGGAUUGUGGUCGUUCCGGUCAUCCAUCUUGCCUACAAUUUACACCGAAUAUGAUUAUAUCGGUGAAACGUUAUCGCUGGCAAUGCAUCGAAUGCAAGUAUUGUUCCAUCUGUGGCACUUCAGACAAUGACGAUCAAUUGUUGUUCUGUGACGAUUGUGAUCGUGGCUAUCACAUGUAUUGUUUGUCGCCACCGCUAAUAACGCCACCGGAGGGCUCGUGGAGCUGCAAACUUUGCAUGGAUGAGUUUCAUAAGGAUGAAAAAUAAUAAAUCUUAAGUAAUAUGGCCAACGAAACAUAAUAUUGAAUACCACUUCCAGUACAUAGCAACAAUGGGAAUAGACUGAGUUGAAUUAAGAGCACGAAAUUGAUAAAAAAGCAAAGCACUGCGACUUGGUCUUAUAUAAAUAUAUAAAUAUAUAUAUACACCUACACUUUCCUCAUUUAUGUUUUUGAUUUAAGUUACAGUGCAGUAUUGUCGCAUAUUAAUACUUAAAGUAACGUC